UGCGCUGUCCCCGGUUAGUUGUCGGAUCGGAUGGUAGAGUGGAGGAGUCGGAGAAGGAGAGCGGACUUAUCAUAGACUGGGGGGAUCUCCAUCGGACUACGUGUGUGUGUGUGUGUGUUUGGAUUGGUGCUUCCCGAGGAUCUGGAUGACGGCGGCUCCCCGGUGGCUCAGUGUGGGGUUAUGCUGUGCCCUAGGAGGAUACUACUGGCUGAGAUUGGAGUUGGUGUGUGAUCGUCCGUCCGGACUUGGAAGGACUGCUGUGGGCCGACUCGUCUCCGUAUUAUAGGACUGUUUGUGUCCCCCCCUUCCCCUGUGUAUCAUGGCCCUCGGAGGGGACUCGGUGUGGAAGUACAGCCUGGGAGUUUGGAUCCUGUUGAUCAGGACUGCUAUCUCCAAAUCCUUAGUAUUGGACCCCAUUUACUGGAACUCCUCCAACCCCAAAUUCCUUCCUGGUCAAGGGAUGAUACUGUAUCCACAAAUAGGAGAUAAACUGGAUAUAAUUUGCCCUAAAGUGGACUCCAAAUCUACUGCCCAAUAUGAGUAUUAUAAAGUCUACUUAGUGGAUAAGGAGCAAGCAGAUAGCUGCACUAUUAAAGACAAAACGCCUUUGCUGAACUGUGAUAAGCCAGACCUAGAUGUGAAGUUUACCAUCAAGUUUCAGGAGUUCAGUCCGAAUCUCUGGGGACUGGAAUUCCAGAAGUACAAGGACUACUACAUCAUAUCUACAUCCAAUGGCUCAAGAGAGGGUUUGGAUAACCAGGAAGGGGGAGUGUGUGUUACUAAAGCCAUGAAGAUUCUUAUGAAAGUUGCUCAAGAUCCUAACUCUCCGGGUACUAGUCAAGAUGCAAACCCAACAAGACGCCCAAAUCAAGAGUCUGGUACCAACGGAAAGAGCUCUACCACUAGUCCAUUUGUCAAUGGCCCUGAAGGGUCUAGUACAAAUGGAAAAAAUGCUGGACACACAAGUUUAAUUGGAUCUGAGGUGGCCUUAUUUGCAGGGAUUGCUUCAGGGUGCAUCAUCUUCAUCGUCAUCAUCAUCACUCUAGUGGUGCUUUUGUUGAAAUACAGAAGACGACACAGAAAGCAUUCACCCCAGCACACGACAACAUUGUCUCUUAGUACAUUAGCCACACCAAAGCGUGGUGGCAAUAACAAUGGUUCAGAACCAAGUGACAUUAUCAUCCCUUUAAGGACUGCAGACAGUGUCUUCUGCCCACAUUAUGAAAAAGUCAGUGGGGAUUAUGGACAUCCUGUUUACAUUGUGCAAGAGAUGCCACCACAAAGUCCAGCAAACAUCUACUACAAGGUCUGAGGCAUCCAGUGGUACCUUUUGACAAUAGUAUGGACAGUUCAAAGUCCGUUGCUUCCUGAUGGGGUUUUUUAGUGAUUCCUUAUGCAUUAAUAUGGACUUGCAUUGGGGAACAGGCACAAGAGAAAACCUUCUUUCAGAGAAAGCCUAUUUAAGCUGCGCAGUUUAUGGGAUCCGAUGGUUCCUCUGAAAAGUGUUCACUGCAAGCUGGAAGACUUUCAUAUAUGCCCAUUCUGAUAUCUAUGCCCUGGUCAUGUUCACCCUCUAAGCCAUGAGCUUCAGACAUCCAAGCAUAUUCAAAAGCCAGGUUAACAUGGACAGAUUCAAGGACAUUACUCAUCUUAGGCAUUUUAAAUAUGCUCUAGAUUAUUUAUCUUGAAAUGCAAUCUUCUGAUUUAAUAUCGACUAGCUUUCUUAAUGCAUACUGGAUUUGUCAGUAAAUGUUUGUGUCUAGGACUUUAGAAAAAAACACAGAUAUCUGCAUUUUCUAAAAUUUAGUCCAUCACUGUUUCAUUUUCAUCCGUUGUCUAGGGUUGCUCUAUCCUUCACAUAAGAUUUCCUUUCACUCCACCUCCCUUAUCACUAAUGGAACAUUAACCUUUGUAGACUCUUGUUCCAUCCAUUUCUACCGCAGUCACACACGAAUGGGUAAUAUAUUAUGGAAAUUGUAUUUGCUAAUACAGAGCCUUCCAGCAAGAAGUUAAACUGUCAGCAAGUCCAGUAGUCCACAGGCUAAACUGCUGAAUGCAGUUAAAUCCUAUUGCCUCUGAAAUAAAGCAUAGGACAGAAAUUGACAUCGGCAGCAAAGCACUUUGAUAUCUUAUGAGAUGCAGUGGAGUAAGACUGUAGCUGAAAGAGUACGGACUAUCCAGUAGUGGAGUGUGACACACUUUGCGCUACGCAUUCUUAGAAAAGAGCAUAAGCAGGUAGGGAAGGACAAUGGCAAGUUGUUACAAGGCAAGACUGUUGGAGAUAAAGGCAAUAAGAACACGUUUUAUGAAACUCCUAGUCUGUUGUGACUGAAAUAUAUAAGCAGACUCAGGUGCUACACUGACCAUAUUAUUCCUCAGAUAGAGAAAGCUUUCAAGAUAAUAGCAGGAAGCCAAAACUGACCUCUGAGUUCUAGAACCAAAGGUCAAAGUAGAGCAUAUGUUCAACAUGCCCGCUAAAAAAAAAAAAGAAAUAUUAUUAUUUUUUUCCUACACUGAUAUGUUUCGUUAGAGAAAGCCAUUUUAUCUGGCACUCAUUAAAUAAAUCAUUGGACACUUUUGCUUUGUGGUCAUGCUGUCCCAAGGGAGUGCCGUGUAGGAAUCGCCGUUGACAUGGAAGUUCGCUGGUGCUCUGUUUCAAAGUAAAAGCACAUAUGGCAAACAUUUUACAGUUCUUAGGUAUAAAAUAAAUUAUUAGUAUGGAGAGCAGGAACGAAUUAAAAAAAAAAAACGUAUUUAAUAGGUGUAUAGCACACAGGAUAUAUAGUAAAAAAAAAAAAAAAGAUUUUACUAAUAUAUAAUUUAAUAUUGCACAGCCUGCCCCCACCAGAAGAUGUGAAAUCCAUUUUUUGCAACAGUUAAAUAGGCUUAACUGUUGGCGUUAGGGAGCAGAAUUAGACGUUGCUUCUGGUGGAAGAAAACAACAUUAUUCCAAAAAUAACAAUAAUGAGAAAAAGGAAAAAUAACAAAGCCCUCUAAAGGCGUCUCACACAAGAGCAGACUAGGAAGUUCAAGCCCAAAAGCAGGAAAUCAGUGUUACUGCAUCAUAAGUGUAACAAAGAUGAGAAAAUGUGUUGUCAGUCAUUUUCUGCAUUCGAAUUUCCUUUUUGCCUUAAUGCAAAAAUGUUACACUAGACUUCAGCAGGUUACAGAACGCAAUACCAAUUUUUUUCUUUGUUAUUUUUCUCUUAUGUCUUUUUUUUUUCUUCUACCUUCUUUCCUUUUUUUUUUUUUUUUUUUUUUCUACAUUUAUGUGCUAUGCAAAACAGAUAUCAUCAACACAGUUCUGUUUCUAUGGUAACACUUUGCUCUCUGAAAUGGAAAGAAAAAAAAAUUAGUAGCAGCGAUUUAAGGUUCUUGAAUCUCUAAGGAGCACCUGCAACAAUAAACUGUCACCAGACUGAUUGCUCUCCUUAUUUUUUUUCUUGAACCUGAUUAUUAUGUUGGCAUUAAGAAAGAGAUGUGUGGUCAGUAAUAAAAAGUAGGGUGGCAUUUAUUUAACAUUUGCAUAAUACAGUUUUUUAUAUUUUUGUAUGAUGCACAUAUUUACUCUGCACCCUGAAAUAAUGGUAUACUAAGCUGGCAGUAAUCGCCUUUUCUUUGCCACAGUAUGCCAUCCUCUCUGCUAUCGACAGUCAAUCAAGUGAUUUUUUUUUUUUUUUUUAACAUCUUUUGGCCAUCUCCUUUAGAUUAAAGCUGUGAAAAUCUUGCUAACAGAUGCAACAACCUGCAAAUAGUGUCAGCCUUUUACUUUUAUGUCUGUUUUGUGUCUGACGCCGAAUGACAAUCUUCAAACUGUUCCCUUUUGUUUAGAAGUUGGUUCAGGUUUGGAACAUUUUUUUCUGUAAAUGCCUUGCUUGUGAGAUCAUGUGAUCCUUAGUCACCCGACUUAGGAAUUUGCACCAUUAUGUCAAAGUGAAGCUGUAAAUAUGUUGAGAACUGUAUCUGGAUUUGGGGUGUGUCCGUAGCCUUAUUCACCUUUUUAAAUAUUCAUAUAGAAAAUUACACAUGUAAAAAUAAAAAAAAAAGAUAGAAAUGGAUUUUCUUAACCAGAUUGUGUACAUAAAGCAAUGUUGGAUUUUUUUUACAAAGUCUAAGCAAAAUGUUUUGUAUAAAAUUGAAUUUUUGCUAUGUAUUUAGCUACCGCUUGUUUAAAGGCAGUGUCAUUUCCCUUUGCACUGUAAUGAGGAAGAAAAUGUUAAAAAAAGGUUGCCAAAUUGCUGCAUAUAUGUGCCGUAAUUGUGUACCAUGAAUAUUUAUUUAAAAUAAUUUUUGUCCAAUUUUGUAAGUAACACAGUAUUAUGCCUGAGUUUAUAAAUAUUUGUUUCCUUUUUUUUUUUUAAGAAACAAAAUAGCCUUUUCCUAGGUUUACAAUUUUUGCUUUAGUUUCACAUUGUAUUUAGCCCUUCAACCUGUUCCUUACCAGACAACAAAGCUCUGAAAUUUCACAUUCCACGUUUGUUUCAAACUGAAUUUGUUCUUAAAAAAUAAAAUAUUUUUUCCUAUGGAA